UUUAGUCCUGCCAGAGCACAGUAGUGCAACAUCAACGGAAGACGGGAUAAAGACGCUCUGAGCGAGGGACAAGGAAAACAGAGGAAUACACUUCUGAUGGAAAAACAAAGAGGGGAUGGAAUGAAAAAAAGCAUCCUACUGCUGUUGGUUAUCCUGUUUCAUCCCAUUUCUGUUGGAGAAUUCCAUAAGCAAAGAAACAGAGAAAACACAUACAUGUGAUAUAUAUAUACAAUUUCUAUACAUAUAUAUCAAAUUAUGCCUGUUUUCACAGAAGCUGCUUUUGGGGAAGGACUGUGUUGAGGUCCCUUGCAUAACAAUUGGAAGACUGCUUUAAUGUGCAGCAUUUGGUAAAACUGUUGCAUAUUAAUGCUUUUUGCAAAUGAGCGUGAUAAAARACCACAAACAACACAAACAGCUUUGCUGCAGUCCCAUUUUUGAAGGCUUCUUGAAAACAGGAUUUUGCAUUGCCUUUUGUUGUCGCCUCUCCAGUUAUUUUGCCCUUGGAACAGGCUGGGGAGUUGAGGCUUGGGUGUGUUGAAUGCAUGGACCGCAUUCCACAGGCUCAGUAAUACCUUCCUGUAUUCCUAGCAGUAACACGGCAGACAGCCUGCUCUUUAGUUGUGUCUGAAAGAGGGAGAGGGUAAGUGAGGAAGACAGAAGAAAGCAGAGAGCAAGAAACAACAAAAAGCAGCAGAGAGGGAUUAUGGAGUCUUGGUAAAAAAACGAAGACAAGGAAAACAAGGAAGGGACCAAAACAAAUAAAGCAACUAACGAUCGACCACAGUAAAGAAGUGGGACACUAUGCAGAAAUGUAAUUACACCGCAUGUUCGCUCAAAAGUGAGCUUCUCAUAAAUGUAGACUAGGGAGGACUGGACUAGACUCCACAGGCUGGGGGGAUUUUUCAGCACGCUGCCCUUGUCAUUCCCCUAUCCCCUGCUUGGUAGCACUUGUGGGGUUCUAGUUGUCUGGCAGCAGAGCUGUAUUGGUGACCCCAUCUUUUUAGAAUCCCUCUCAGGUGUGGUGUGGAGGCGAUCCGACAGCACCAAGAGAAACCCACAACAACAGAGAGUGACUGGACCCCCAUCCCUCUAAACCCAUUAAGCCAAACUGACACUGACGGAGUGCUGUCGCCUAUGGAUUUGAAUGUGUGUGUCUGUGUCUGUGAGAGUGUGUGCAUGUGUGCGUGAGUGUGAGCGUGUGUGAUAAAGGCUGCCUGCCUCAGGUGCUGAGGACUGCUUUUAAAUCUGGACUAAAUCAUAAUUUCAGUUUUGAUCUCAUAGGACAAUAUUGAAGAACUGCAGGCUGUGCUUUCGCUAGAAGAGGUGGAAACAAAAACCAACAUACCUUUUUUUCUGGCAUAAUAUAAUAUUGAAGACCAAUUGUAGAAUAACAUCUAACUGGAAUUGUACAUCUGGAAAGGAAAGGAAUGAGAGCAUCAUGUUCCACUUAGCAAAGGGAUUAAAAAUGGCUACAAGAAAAAUAACAAAGAAUCAAAUGAACAUUCAGGUGGAGACCAGGCAGUUGCUAGAGGCAAGAGAAUCUGAGAGGUGAAUAUCAACAACUCCCAUAUUUAUAGAUUAUGACAAGUGGAUUAUCUAGAAGUUCCAGUGCUUUGCUGUUUCCCCCUCUUCAGCAUUGAUUAAUGCUUGGCAGGGCAAUUAUCAAAAUCUGUGUGUCCCUCUCCUAAAUGAAGACGUUUACAGAAAGGAGCUUGGAUCCUUGAGGAAUCUGCUUUUCCGCUGGCKCUGUUGGGAUUCCAAAUCUCUCUGGUUUACAGAUAACACUUUUCCUAUUGGGGGGAGAUUUUUUUUAAAUGCCACGGGCCAGUUCAUUUCUGGGUGACACCUCCUAAACUGGAGGUGCUCCAGAUUUCAAAUCACAUCUGCUAUUGACAUUUGGCAGAAAAGGGCGGUAUUUUUGCAACGCUGCCAGAACUGUGUGUCUGGAGUCUGGGACUGAAUCACUGGAGACUCAUUCGUGAGGAGCAGGUUGAGAUUCGAGGUUAGUUUGUUUCACUUACUUGCUCAUCCCCCUUCUUGAUGGCAAUUUAUUACUUCACACUGAGCCCCCUGUAACUGAGUGCAGUUAUAACUCUCAGCAAGGUAAUUGAAAGCUCUUAUUCUUUCAGGCAGCUGCUAUGAAUAUAGGCUAAUCCAUAAGCUCUCAACUCCUUUUCAAAUCUAUAGUGUGUGAAAUACCUAAAAGGCUAUUUUUCCAUGUCAGUUUUUUUGGGCCAGUAAGAAGCCUGCGUUUCUGAAGUUGGUGUUUAUUGGCCUGCACCAGCUUUGAGACACUUCAGCAACUGAACAGAAGCAGCAUCCACAGGUAUCAAACAUGGCUGCCCAUUCUGUGCUCAUCUGCCUCGCCUUCAGCUUUCUGCUGGGCUUCACUUCACURGGCCAGAACWCUAGRGAGGCUGGGGCCGAUGCCCAGGCCACCAACCAGACGGCAGCCACCUCUGAUUCUCCGGAGGCUACGCUGGYCACUCCGGURGCRGAGGACCAGACCAUCCCAAUGAUAGGCAGCCGCUGCCGGGGCUACUAYGACGUCAUGGGCCAAUGGGACCCACCGUUCAACUGCAACGCGGGCGUCUACCUGUUCUGCUGCGGCUCCUGCUUUUACCGCUUCUGCUGCCAGUUCAAGGUGCACAGCCUGGAGCAGGAGUCCUGCUCCAACUACGACACGCCCGUCUGGGCCAACACCGGCAAGCCGGCGGCCCCCGUCACUGAGGUGCAGGAGGAGCCCGACCGAGACCGCACCCACAUGAUCGUCUACAUCAUCUGUGGCGUGGUGGCCAUCAUGGUGCUGGUGGGCAUCUUCACCAAGYUGGGCCUGGAGAAGAGCAGAGGUGGCCAGACAGACAUGACCAACUCUAGGGCCUUGACAGAGUUGUUGAAGCAGCCCGGAGAGGUGGGCGGAGUGGACGGUACCGGGGGUCAUCACCCCAUAGGGACCAAUGGGAUCUCUGGCAGGUCACUGCGCAGCAACAACGAUCACAACCACCUGAAUAACGCUGCCCUCUCACCCCUGGGUCCAGCGAUGGCGCUCUCCCACCCUCACAACAACCUUGGCCUGGGCUUUAACAAGUGCGCCUCCCUCAAGGCUGUGG